AUGAUAACUAAUCCAGAUGUCAGAUCAAAUGGCCGAGGACGCCCAAAACUUGACGCCCAAAAAAGACGCUCAAAGUCUUCAACAGCACGGUACCAAUCUGACUUCAAUGUUUUGGAAAAGCAAAACAAACGAUCAUACAAAUGCGGCCAGUGUGGUGGAAACGGACACAAAGCAAACAACUGUACCGCUGCUCAACGUCAAGCUGCCUCUCGACAUCCAAUGCCUGAGCUCCCUCGUCUGACCGUCACAAAGACUUCCAAGUGUAGUCAAUGCAAUCAGACAGGGCAUCAAGCCAAUCGAUGCCCCCGCCCUCAACAACUCACCAAUGAAGAAAAAUCUCUCGAUGAUGAGAAUGAGCAAGACAUCCCUGCAGCUGCUUCAACCAGCAGUGUAUUCGAUCUGCUCGAUUCUUCUCUUGUGGACCUUGAUGAUUCUGAUGAUUCUGAUGAUCAAUCCGACAUAGAUGAACGCAAAUGUCCAUUAUGUGACGACCCACUCCCCAAGCAACCUUCCAAGAAGUUUCAAGAACAGCUUCAGUUUCAUCUUGCCAAGCCGCACGCUAAGAAAAGACCUCUUCCUGGUAACCCGGAGGCAGUUGAUCUUCCAAACGCGGCUGGCCGACUUCAUUUGAUUCAAAAGUCUUAUGCCGACGUGUACAGGCUUAUCAAGAACAUCUACUCAAGAUUGUGA